AUGUCGGCCCCAUUGGUCAAAGUCUUGCAUCGAAUGCAAGAACUCUUUACGAACAUAGUUGCCGCCUUGGAGGCUAUGCUAUUGUUCCCUUCCCUCUUCCGCGACCCCUCCCGUAAGCGGCGGAAGCCUUUCCAUGGAGCGUAUUGGGGACGUCGCUCUCUUGAUGCGUUUGCUGAUGAGGUGGAUCGUCUGUUCACGGCACCUUUGUCUGUGCAGAACAUGGUCGCCAUGUCAGACAAGAUCCGUGCGCAGUUCAAGUCUUGUCUACAAUCUAGCCCCGUCUGCAUGCUACCUUCUUACAACCAUGCCCUGCCCUCCGGAACAGAGACGGGAACGUUCCUCGCACUGGAUGUCGGUGGCUCAACGCUCCGGGUAGCAUUGGUUGAACUACGUGGGCAGGGAGACAUGCGCAUCCUUCACGUCUCGUCGUCGUACAUUGACGAAGAUGUCAAGUUGCUGGAGGGCACUCUCUUCUUUGAUUGGAUGGCGGAGAAGAUCGACUCGAUGCUACGCGAAGUGGGCACCAACUAUGGACGAGAGGCCGUGCCACUGUCGAUGGGAUUAUCGUGGUCGUUCCCCAUUGAACAAACGUCCAACAGUAGUGGUCUCGUUAUCCAUAUGGGCAAAGGAUUUCACUGUUCAAAUGGCACCGUUGGGCAAGAGCUGGGUGAUCUUAUCGUUCAGUCUUGUCGGAAGCGAGACCUCAAUGUCCAGGUGGAUGGGAUCGUGAACGACAGCUCCGCGACACUCCUCUCACGCGCCUACAUCGAACCCAAGACACGCAUGUCGCUUAUUCUAGGAACUGGAACUAAUGUGGCGAUCCACUUUCCAGUUCAUGAGAUUGGACUGACCAAGUUCGGUACGAGACCGCCAGGUUGGUUUGACUACGCCAAGCACGUUAUCGUCAACAGCGAAAUGAGCAUGUUCGGCGGCAGCAUCCUCCCCAAGACUCGCUGGGAUGAGGUUUUGAACCGGACACACCUCCGGCCGGACUACCAACCUCUGGAGUAUAUGAUCACUGGGCGUUAUCUGGGAGAGAUCAUCCGUCUCAUCAUUGUUGAAGCGGUGGAAACUGCCAAGCUCUUCGGCGGGGAGUUGCCUCAUUCGAUGCGCGAUGCGUAUUCAUUCGACACCAGUAUCGUUGCAGCGCUGGAAGCUGAUACAACCCCGCUUCUCUCAUCGUCUGCGGCGCUUCUACAGAAGGAGCAUACAUUUACCGUGUCACCGUCUGUCGAGGAUUUGCGCUUCCUUCGACGAGUCUGCCAGGUCGUCUCUAAGCGAGCAGCAGGAUAUCUGGCAACGGCAAUUCACAGCAUGUGGUGCCUGCGGAAUGAGGCAGAGUUUCCCGCGACGGCCCCUCCUUCGAUCAAGGAAACUCAAGAGGUGACCGUGAUAGAAAGCGAAGAGAAUCACCGGAGUCUGUCAAUCGCAUGCGACGGCAGUGUCAUCAACAAAUACCCUGGGUUCCGGGACCGUUGCCAGGGUUAUUUGAAUGACCUUGUAAAGGAGACGAACGCAUCGCGGCCAUCGUCGGACACCACCACGGAACCUCAGGUGUGCCUGGACCCGGCACCUGAAAGCGCUAUACUGGGAGCGGCCGUAGCAGUGGCUGUCGCCGUUGCGGAGAAGAAGCUCGAGUAG